CUUAAGUUUAGGGAUUUUCGAUGUACCAAAAUCCAGUAUUUAUUAAAGGCUUUUCUCCCUGACAACUUGGGGCCACUUCUCGAACUCCCCCUCUCACUCCUCACCCCCUCAUCAAUUCACCAACCACUCCCGCACUGCCCACCACGACUUUUUAAAGCCGCUUUCGAGGCUUGGCCUUACUUGACAGCCUCAGCUCAUUCUGAACUUCAGCUGGAAACCUAGGAGGGGCCUGGAACUCAGGUGCGCCUACCUUCGGGCACCAAGGAAGGAAGGGGCACUGGGGACAGUUCACGCGAGUUUAAGACAGCGCACGAACGCAAACGUGAAGCCGGCAAGGCUCUCGGAGGAGUGAAGCCGGUAGGCGCGCGCAACCAGCGUCAUCUAAGUCAGCUCGUCGAGACAUAGUUCAGUUCCUCUCGCGAGGAGGGACCCGACUGCAGCCGAUUCGGAUCGCGGCCCCAGCAAGACCACCGCCGGAGUCCACGAUUCGGCCGGACCGAACAGCGAAGCUCAAGCCAGCACAGCCGUGGAUAUCUCCUCCAACUUCCGCAGACCAGUGCGCCUGUGCCCCAGUCUCCUCACUCACCACCCCCUGAACCGCAGCCGUAGCGCUUCAUUGGUCUACGAAAGGCUUGAUCCCGCCCCUCCAGGUGGUCGCUAAAGGCCGAAAGUCACCUGACCUUCUUCAACGUGUAUCCGGCGCAGAGUGCGGAAGCUCUCCCGAGUGACGCACGAAACGGGGUGACGCAACCGAAAUAUUAUAGGUUGCCCCGGAACGGGGGAGGGCAGAGUGCGGGCUGAGGAGGGGUCUUCCAAAUUUGGAAAGCGCCGGAAGUAGACGUGGGGUGGAGGGCGCGGGUUGGGGAGCUCAGGGGGCAGCUGUAGCCGCCCGGGCGCCCGGCUGCGCCCGCGAGCCUCCGUGUUGCCCUGGCCCGGCCCGUCCACAAGGCUUGGCACCAUGGAUUUCCGGGACAUCCUGAUGGUGGCGUCGGAGCAGCAGGGACUCAACAUCAUCCCGAAAAGAUACAGUUUGGCAGUAGGUCCUCCUAAAAGAGAUCCCAAAGUCAAGGGUGUGCAGUCAGCAGCAGUGCAAGCUUUCCUCAAGCGGAAGGAAGAGGAGCUGAGGAAAAAAGCCUUAGAGGAAAAGAGGAAAAAGGAGGAGCUGGUGAAAAAGCGCAUUGAGCUAAAACAUGACAAAAAAGCAAGAGCCAUGGCAAAGCGGACAAAGGACAACUUCUACGGUUAUGAUGGGAUUCCUCUUGAAGAGAAGUCGAGGAGGAAGCAGGCAGUCGAGGGACCUGCAGUCCAGGGAGCAGCAGACCAAGAAUUUUUGAAUGAGGAAGAAGCAGAAUCUUUGGAAUAUUGUCAGACAGAGUCAGAGCACGAUGAGUCAGAAGAGUAUGAGGAGCAGGAACCCCCUCUGAAGGCUGUAACCAGACCAAAGGCCCCCCUCAAAAGUGCCCCUCCACCUAUGAACUUCACAGACUUACUCAGGCUGGCUGAGAAAAAGCAGCACGAACCUGUGGAGAUUAAGGUAGUAAAGAAAAUAGAGGAACGGCCCAGGACUGCAGAAGAACUGAGGGAAAAAGAAUUCUUAGAGCGAAAACACAAAAACAUAGAUAGAGGAAAAGAGAAAAAGAUACUUGAAAGAGAGAAAAGGCUAGCUCCUCCAACUAUAUCUAAAAAGGUUCCUUCCUCCAAAGAGAGUGUUAGCGCAAGACACAAAGGUCCCGGGGACAAACAUUCCUCUUCCAGGGGGAGCCACCUUCCCCAAAUAGGUGCUGAGAAAAAAUCUAGACCUUUUGCAGCCGGUGAGAAACCUAUGAGACUGCCAUCCAACAAGUCCCAGCCAGGAGAGAGGACCAAAGCAGGGUCUGGAGACGGCUUCCAGCACUCACCAAGUGAAAGCCACAACCUCUUGCUUAAUGGGGCAGAGAAGUCCCGACCCAGCUCUCAUUCUAUGGGCACAGGGAUCUCAAAAACUGUGGUUCGUGGGACUCAAAAAUCCAAUGAGUACAGGCCUCCCAAAUCCCCUUCUUCCCAUCCUAGUCAUUCCAAGUCUGGGGCUAUCUCUACUCCACAUGACAAGACAAGAAAUUCAGGUGCCAAGCAGCCAGGAAACAGUUCUGGCUCAACCUCAGGGCGGCCGGGCAUAGGGACUUCUCGGCCAAUCUUAAGCCCAAGCCCUAAGAGGCACGGUGGCAGCUCCAGCUCAGGAACUGAACAGCAAACCAAUGGAUCCAAACGCUUGAUCAGUGGUUCAGGCCCCACUGGGCGACCUGUGAGUGGCUCAAGUGGCCGUGGGCAUUCUACAGGCAGUUUAGGAAGCUCUGGCCGGUUAGCCAGUAGUACAGGCUCUACAGGGCGGAUAGUGACCCAACCCGGGCGACCUGUCAGUGGCUCAAGUGGCCCUGGGCGACCUAGCUCAGGUGGUCCUGGACGACCCGUGAGCGCCUCGGGGGGCCCUGGGCGACCCCUGAGCGGCGCGGGGGGCCCUGGGCGACCCCUGAGCGGCGCGGGGGGCCCUGGGAGACCCCUGAGCGGCGCGGGGGGCCCUGGGAGACCCCUGAGCGGCGCGGGGGGCCCUGGGAGAACCGUGAGCGGCGGGGGUGGCCCUGGGCAGACAGUCAGCGGCUCAGGCCCCCCUGUGAAGCCCAGGUGCACGGUUGUUUCAGAAACUAUUUCUUCCAAAAAUAUCAUCAGCCGGCCUAGCAAUGGGAUGAUGAAUGGGAUGAGGUCCCCUCCACCUGGCUACAGACCUGCAGUAUACCCACAAGGUACUCAGAGAUCCCCGUUUCCCCCUAUGGCCCGGAAACGGUAUCCUGAGGAAGAUGAGGAAGAGGAGUAUGACUCAGAAAUGGAGGACUUCAUUGAUGAUGAAGGAGAGCCUCAAGAGGAAAUAUCAAAACAUAUUCGAGAAAUCUUUGGCUAUGACCGUAAUAAAUACAAAGAUGAGAGCGAUUAUGCGUUACGUUAUAUGGAAAGCAGUUGGAGAGAACAACAGAAAGAAGAAGCCAAGAGCUUGAGACUUGGUAUGCAAGAAGACCUCGAAGAAAUGAGACGAGAAGAGGAGGAACUCAAGCGCCGGAAAGCCAAGAAAAUGAAACUGCGUUAGUUGCAGGUUUUUACCAUUGGGAGAAAACAUUUUAUCAAGAACUCUCUACAGACUGGAAAAAAAAAAACCCUUUUUCCCUUUGGUUUUAAUUUGGGGACUAGAGAAGGUGAUAUGUAAAGGAAGCACUGGAAAACAAGGCUGUGGUUUGAACAGAAAGUAUUUAUUUUUAAUACUUGCCAGGGUUAAAUCUGUAAUGCAGAUAAAAUGUAAUAUUCAUUUGAAUGUUUAUAUGAAAUGAGCUGUUCAAAGAUGCCAGCAAUGAUACUGAUGAGCUAUGCACACUGAUGUGGGAGUCCACUCACCAGUUGUUAGCUAGUCACCUGUUAUUUAUUUGACAAGUGAGGAUUAUUGUUCUGUUUUCAUAGUUAUUGCCCAGAUACAUGGGUAGGACAUCCCUGAACCAAUAAGAUCAUGUCAUAGGCUUCUCUUAAGAAUAGUAACCUGUAAUGUCAGUCUUUUCCAUAAAUGUUGCCAGCAAUAAAGGAAUCUGCCCUGGCCUAUGUAUUUGAGAGUCCUGGGGUCUUAAAAUGAUAAUUUGACAGUAUAGAAUAGGGUUCAUAAUUUCAGAAUGGCUGCUAUUCCUAUGAAUUUGAAAUAAAAACGUAAUGAAUUAUCUUGGAUUCCACAUUAUCCAAGGAUUAGAUGCUGAGCAUUUUCAAUCACAAAUGUAUAUGUUAUAUUGUAGUUACAUAAGCUAUGCCUCUUGAUAUAAGAAUAUUCUUUACCCAGUUUUCUUUACAGUUUUCUUAUGAUUACCCUGGUUCUAAGCCAAGGAAAAGUAGAAAAGGUCACUGUGUAGACUGAUUUUAUUUUUAAAAAUCCACUUUUAUAUUGAAGAAAGAGUAUUCCUAAAUAAAGGAGUUCCUUUAUUCUAACAUUAGAUUUGGGAGCAUUAUAUCUAAAAUAGAAGCUAAAUAUGGCUUGGUUUCCCCCUCAGCGUUCCUCCAAGGUGCACUUUUAGUGCCUCUCAGUAUUAAAAAUUUGCAUUAAAUAACUUAGUACCAAUCAUUUAAACAAAAUGUAAGUUUUUAUAUCGAAAACAUCACCUCUUUUGCUGGCGUUGCACCUUUAUUUCAAGCUAUGCACUGUGAAGAAAGCCCACAAAGUCUGUCCCCGGCAUUGCUUUCUUACUAAGCUGAGGGGUGAUUUCAGUCAUUUUUGUCCAUCCCACCCUCCCAUCCCUCAGUCCAUAUGUUAUGUGCUUUGAGCCACCUUUUCAUGUAUUUCCAGCAAGAAGACUUAGCUUCCAGAGAAUGACUUAAGUCUCAAGAAAUCAUCAGGAGAAUUAAACCAUGAAAUAACAUUAUAGAGGGAAAAGCCUGGACCUUAACCUGUUAACUGGAAAUGGUAGAACAUUGGUGGCACAUCUACUGGUAGAACACAUUCUCCAUUGGUCUGUCUUGUCUUUAGGGGGCUGGGGUGGAGGAGUCCUAGAAGGAUUCUUAAUUAUCAUUAUCUUCAUUUCUUUGAACAGAACUUUGUGUCCAUCCUUUGGUUCCCCAUACUUUCCUUUUAGUCUUCCCACUAAGCAAAGAGAAUAAAGAACCUGUGUGGGUUUCUCUCCUAUCCAAUAUAUAGAUUGUGGUCAUAUCACGUAAUGGGGCCAGAUGAUUCUGUUUACAAAUUAGUUUGCUCAAGGCAAGUUCCUUCUGAACUAUGAAUAAAUUGAUAUUCAUUCUGCUGUGGUGAAGUCAUAAAGUCCAGCACCAAUGCCUGAGCUGCAUAAUUAAAAGUUUAAAACUUUGAAAGAUCAUAUCUCAUUUAGACCUGGUGACAACUAUGCAUUUUCGUUGUCACUAGAAAAACAUUCAUCUGUCCAUUUAGAGCAUUUGUGAGACACUGAUGACCUAAAAUCCUGGUGGCUCCUUUUCCUCUCUCUUCCAUGCAGUAGCCACAAAGAAGACCAGUGCACCUGGUCCGGAAGACAUCAGAGCUUUUUCCUGUUCCCCUACCGCUUCUGUGCUGCUUUUUUCCUCUUAUACAGUAGAUUAUUGUUUAUUUUCCAUGUAGACUUGUAAAAUAUUGAGGCUCUGGAAUAGUAUACUACUAAUACUUUGUGACUUAGUUGACAAAUUGUUAGUGGCUUUUCAUUUUGUUUUAGAUUAUGAACUUUUAGUGGUUUUGUGCAGUUAUUACAUAUAAUAGAAGCCUGUCAUGUAGGCUCUUGGAUUUGGUUGAUUGCAUCAAGUUACUAUUCUUCCUUGUACCUGGGAACGCACAUAGCUCUCAUUGUAACAUGGUCAGCUUGUGAGGCAGAUUUCAGUCUUGCCCCUCUCAACACCAGCAUUACAAUAGGGUGCUUCAGCUACUAACUCAUGUAGUUCGAGGAGGCCUUGCGGUUUGAACAUUCAUCUGGACUUUGUUUCUAAAUCCUGUCUGCUACUCACCAGAAAAUUCAUUUUAAGUCAGUCUGCCAAACUUUGCAAAAAACUCAUGUACCUUGAAAAGCUAAGAAACCAGAAUAGGCUGUUAUUCAUAAAGGAUCAUGCAUCAAGUGUUUAAUUUUAAUGUAUAUUCUACUUUUUUUUUAUUUGGGGAUAUUUUUAUUCAAUAUUUGAAAAUGUGCCUUUUUAUUAGGUAAGGUUAAUUUGUGAAUGUAGUAAGUACUAAAACCAUAAUGGGUGCAGCAUUUCUGAAAUUAAUGUGAAAGUAGUUUUCAUAAAACCCCAGUGUGGCUUUGAUUGCACAAUUACUACUGUCUAUGCUGUUGCUAAGUCAAAGUAAGGGCACUUUCUAUUUAAAGCUUCUUCCCGAAAUUGUCUUUGUCUUUGUAUACUGUAAAUGUAAUGUAAUGUCUGCUUGGAGGCCAGGGUACUGCAUAUCACAGGCAGCCUUAGAUAAAGAAGACUGUAUGCUGUGAAGAAGUGGGAGUUAGAGUAUCUCAGAUUAACUGUCUAUGAGAAGCUGUUAAUUUUUUAUGUAAAUCUGAAGAUUUUCUCUGAGAAAUUAUUUUUAUUGUUUUGCAUUUUGUAAUUUAAAAGUGGCUGCAGAACAUUUCUGAAGUAUAGUAGGAGACCAAAACACACUUGGAGAGAGAAUAAAUAUAUGAAGAGAGACUGGUUGUUUUAUUAUCGAUGUUUGAAUGUAUAAGACUAACAUUUGGUGAGUGGACGUGAUGCAAUAUGUUUGUAUAAUUGAGGGUAGCCCUAGAUUUUCCUUGAGGUUAUUGUUCAGAAUCAUUGUGUCUUGAACACAAUGUGACAAAUCAGGUGUAAAAAAAAAAAAAAAGAAAAACCCUUUUACAUAGCUGUCUUUCUGGUGCC